CCCAGGAAUCUGUGAGUCAGAUCCUACUCCGGAAUUUUAUAAACUCAGAAUUUGCAGGGUUCUCUCGUGAAAGGCUCAACAGUCCCAGAAAACUGACCACCCUUCGUCCUUCAUCAUCACAUUAUUACGCAUUCCUUCCCAUUCUUUGGUCUUCUGUUUCCACUGUAACGCUAAGGCACUCUCAAACUCUGAUCAGUGUAUCUUUCGUCCUAAUUACACUUCUCCUAUAAUCUUGGUCCUUGAUAACCAAACCUCUAGGUGGGGGCUUAUUUCGUAUCUUUUCUCCAAUCAGAAACAGUUGUUAUCUUUUGUCACAUCUGAGUACUGGGGAUUCUCAGUUUAUGUGGAGUUUUCUGAUCUGGGUAUCUCUUGUUUGGUGUCUCUAUUCUUGAAUAUUUAAUGUAGAAGUCUUUACUUGUCAGACAGUUGUGAGUUUGGGAUCUUCGCGAAAAGUUGUUCUGCUUUUAAUUUGGUUAUCUAUUGUAGUGUGGUUCCUAAGAUUAAUUCAUUGUUCUCUCUAGCUUAAACAUUAUAGAUUUUUAAAACCUCUGGUGAAUUUUUUCGGACUUUCAGUAUCUGGAUUGGUGUGAGCCUAUACCAAUGGAUUCUUGCCGUGCCAUGAUGAGUGCUAGGGUGAACCCAGUGCAAGUUAGUAAAGGUUUUAGUUAUGAAGACAAUGUGUUUUGUGGGAAGAAGAUCAGGGGAAGUCUCAAGAACAGGGCAUUUGGUACUAAGUUGUGGAGGAAUUUGACUAGUGAAAAUAGGGACAGAAAGGUUAAACCUGGGGUUACCUUCUCUGUUCUUACAAAAGAUGUUAACGAAGAGCUCCUGACCUUUGAAGCACCAGCGUUUGAGCAUCCAAAGGCGGACCCAAAAACUGUAGCUUCAAUCAUUCUUGGUGGAGGUGCUGGGACUCGCCUCUUUCCUCUUACCGGAAAACGGGCCAAACCAGCUGUUCCGAUUGGAGGGUGUUACAGGCUGAUUGAUGUACCCAUGAGUAACUGCAUCAAUAGUGGCAUAAGAAAGAUUUUCAUUCUUACCCAGUUCAAUUCUUUUUCCCUUAAUCGGCACCUUGCUCGCACAUAUAAUUUUGGAAAUGGUGUGAAUUUUGGGGAUGGAUUUGUAGAGGUUCUUGCUGCCACUCAAACACCAGGAGAUGCAGGAAAGAGGUGGUUCCAGGGAACGGCAGAUGCUGUGCGGCAAUUUAUAUGGGUGUUUGAGGACGCCAAGAACAAGAAUGUUGAGCACAUAUUGAUUCUGUCUGGUGAUCAUCUUUACCGGAUGGACUACAUGGACUUUGUUCAGAAACAUAUCGACACAAAUGCUGAUGUUACUGUUUCUUGUGUUCCCAUGGAUGAUAGCCGAGCUUCAGACUAUGGAUUAAUUAAAAUUGAUGAGGCAGGACGUAUCAUGCAGUUUGCUGAGAAACCAAAGGGUUCAUCCCUGAAAGCAAUGCAAGUUGACACCUCUCUUCUCGGACUUUCGAAGCAAGAUGCGAUGAAAUAUCCUUAUAUUGCAUCCAUGGGUGUCUAUGUAUUUAGAACUGAUGUCCUACUACAGCUUCUGAGAUGGAAUUAUCCUUCAUGCAAUGACUUUGGCUCUGAAAUCAUUCCUUCUGCUGUGAGAGAUCACAAUGUUCAAGCAUAUUUAUUCAAUGACUACUGGGAGGACAUUGGAACAAUAAAGUCUUUCUUUGAUGCCAACUUGGCCCUCACAGAACAGCCUCCAAAGUUUGACUUUAAUGACCCGAAGACGCCUUUCUAUACGUCUCCUAGAUUCUUGCCACCUACUAAAGUUGAAAAAUGCAGGAUUGUGGAUGCAAUAAUCUCACAUGGUUGCUUCUUGAGUGAAUGUAGCAUCGAGCACUCUAUAGUGGGUGUACGUUCACGCCUGGACUAUGGUGUUGAGCUUAAGGAUACAAUGAUGAUGGGUGCAGAUUAUUAUCAAACAGAAUCUGAAAUAGCCUCUCUGCUGGCAGAAGGAAAGGUUCCCAUCGGUGUUGGACAUAACACAAAAAUUAGGAAUUGCAUAAUUGACAAAAAUGCCAAGAUUGGAAAAGAUGUGAUCAUUGAAAAUAAAGAUGGUGUUGAAGAAGCAGACAGACCAGAUGAAGGAUUUUACAUUAGGUCUGGGAUUACUGUCAUACUGAAGAAUGCAACAAUUAAAGAUGGAACAGUCAUAUAA